CCAAGAUGUUGCGAUGUCGCAUGGUAAGACAAGCUAUGGAAUAGACAAAAAGCCGCAUUAAUAUGGCUUUCCUCCUUUCCCGUAUCAAUCGAUUACAAAGUUCAGCAUCGAACAGAAUUGGGAGGCCGGCACUGCAAUGAUGCAAUUCCGGCUCCUUCGUGCUUUUAAAAAUAGCAAGACUUCGAUCAGAUUAAAGACCCUAAAGAUCGGUCAUAUGCUCGGGGCGUAACCUCAGCCUCAAUCAUGAUCGGCAGAUACCCAUAUGCUUCCCCCUUUUAAUAUCUUAGGUGAAGCUAGGCGAAAACUACGUAGAGCUUAGCUGUAGAAGGCUAACGGCUAGUCUUAACUAAGUAACGAGCACGUUGGAGAAUUGAUAGGGAACGAGAUGGUCUUUUUUGUUCUUGGUGAACGCGGCAUAAUGUUCAUGCGUUUCCCAAGGAGGAAGGCGGAUCGUGUCAGCCCCUGAAGAGGACCCUUGUUCAGGUCAGGUUGGCCCCAGCUUGCCGUCGAGCUCCUACUCCAAACCUAUCGUGGCUCAGUCGUGGGGAAAUAGAGAACUAGGUACAGUAACAUUGGCCGAAAAGAUAUAAAGAUGAUGGGACGAAGACCUUAAAGGUUGUAUUUGAAGAGUGAGAUCGGUAGUCCUAGAGCCAUCUUGACUCCUAACCUACCAGGUCGAAAAGUCACUCGUUUAAUAUGCCUUCUCGAAAGAGCCUCGCCACCAAAGGGUUGGCCUUAUUAAUGGCUACUGCCACUCCGGUCGUAAAUGCCAGUCCUAUUGAGCAUUUGCUCAAACUUCUUACGACUCGGGACCCGCCGACGGCACUUCCUGAAAAUGCGACGGCCAAUGACAAGAAGUGGCAACCGGCGAUGGAUUUCGACACUGAUGGGUGCUACAAUGUUCCUGCCAUUGGAGCGAACGGAGACAUAUGUCCCGGCCUAGAUCAUGAAAAUACUGGCUUAUCGGAGGAUUGCCAUGACCUUUCGGAUCUCCAGAACAACAAUGUGUACUCCAGGGCGCGGUGUAACAACGGAUACUGCGCUUACCUAUAUGACUACUACUUCGAGAAAGACGUUGCUAUUCCCAAUAUCCCGUUAGACCCAGGGCACCGCAACGACUGGGAACACAUCGUCGUGUUUACUCAGAACGACGAAGCCGUCGCCGUCGCCGUAUCGCAGCACGGCGAGUACCAGACUAAGAGUGCCAGCGAAGUCCGGUGGGACGGCACGCACCCCAAGGCGGUCUACAACAAGGAUGGGGUCGGCACACACGACUUCCGCUUCGCGAACGCAGCCGACGAUAACAUCGAGAACGACACCGGAAAGUGGUUCUACGGCGCACUAGUCUCAUACAACGGCUUCCCAAACACGGAUCUGCGCGACAAGUUAUUUGCGUACGACUUCGGCAGCGCUACGAUUGCGUUCAAGGACGCCACCUUCCAGUCUAAUCUCGACAAGGCCAAGGGAGACUUUGUCCCGGGUUUCGACACCAGCGUAGACGACGGAUCUCCUGGGACACCGUAGAUGGGCCAGGUCGACGGGGAAGAUGAGAUAUUAUAUGAUGUAUUCUUGUAAAUAAUUAUAUAAAUUGAUAUGAAACUAAUCAGUCGAUGGCGUGUUUGUCCUCAUUAGUCCUGCUACCGCACUCGGUCUACGGCAGCAGGGUGGAUUGGACCGGCUGUCUAGGCCUUUGGUUCAUUCUCCCACACGAACGAUAAUAAAGAAGUUGACGCUCUCGCGCAUUGAGAGUCGCGAGAGGUAGGCAAUUUGUGGGUUUCGGCGAGUCAAUUGGAUUCAUGUGUUGUCCAGAAGGAAAAAGAGGAGAGAAGAGACAAGACGAGACGCUUGUUCGAGAUGAUUCCUAUACAAAAACAACACUGAUAUUGAAAAUCCAUACCAAAAUGGACUGACUGUAUAACAGUAGGGUUUACUAUGCCUUAUACUCCGAGCAGAUUUAAUGAUGCGCUUCCGUCUCACAUCCUUCUCGGAGUUGAGGUGGUUGUUACUUCUGAAUGAAGUAGAAGGAAAAAACAAUCUCUAUGAAAAUUUGAAGGAAUUCGUUUUAGUGGUGGAUCCU